AUGGGAGGACGACGCAGUGGGCAACGGCGACGCGGCCAUGGCGACGACGAAGAAGAGACCGUUGAGUCGCGUCGUCGCUCCGGCGAACGAUCGAUUCGCCAUGGCGACCUUUCGGUGAGAAAUUCAUCUUUUCCAUGUUUUUUUGCUGCUCACUGCGGCAUAUUUUUAAUAAGGAAUUUGACAAACUCUCCAAUAGUCUUUUUCAUUAAUUUCUGGUUUUAAUCUCCUUCAAAAAGUUUUGCUUAGAAAACCACUUUGUUCGGAACGUAGGAUGAUGUACUCGGAGCUGGGUCAAAAAUCCUAUAUGCACAAAAUGUUAGACGUAUUCCAACAGAGAAAAAACUCGCCGGUUAAAAAAAAAGUUUUGGUGCUUUUUAUUUCGGCAGAAGAAAAACUACUUUUUCUGAUUUCUGUCUGACACGCACAUUGGAGAUCUUUUCCGCAUUAUUUUUGAAGUGCUCACUUUAGUGUCUUAGAGCUCUACCUAUAGAUGAAGGGCGGUGACUUUUUACUUAAAAUUUUUUUUUUGAAAGUUAAAUUUAAACAGCCUUUUUUGUUAACAAUUCGAAUGCAGAAAAAAAUAGACUUCGUGGUAGUUUGUAGUACUCGAUGUUGCAUCUUUUUAAAAUAUUUAUGUUUACUACAAGGGAGACUGUAGAAAAUGUGACUUGGAAGGAAAAGGCGUGGUUUAUAUCUUUCCAAGAACUUGCUGUUUGGCGGUUUAUUUGCGGCCGCCACAGAAGUCUCCGUGUAAUUCGAUCAAUUGCCUCGUUUUUUUUCUCUCUUUUUGUAGGGCACAAUUCGUGUGUUUUACUCUGACAUCACUCAGUUUGUGAGUGUCAGGGAAACUACGCAGACGAGUAGAUUAUUUGAGAGAAUGGCGGAAUUCAGUGUGAUAGGAGAACUACAUACGACUUUUUCCUUGCACUUUUGCUAUAGUCUUUAUUUUUUGUCUUCAUUUAUUUUCUUUUCACGUAUUGUCGAUUUCUGACUGACGCAGUUUUUUUUUUUUCUUGUUUACCGACGAGUGAGACACAAAAAGUUGGGGAAAAAGACUAGGACAUGUCUGUCUGGCCGCACUGCAUUUUUUCGCGCACCUCUCGUUUCUCUCGCGCCUGAUGUGUGCUGUUUCGAAUUGUCAUCAUUUUUUUUUUUUCUCUUGCCGGCCCGGUAAACCGAACUUUUUCCAGAAGACUUUUCUCUAUUUGAGAAUAAGUUCAGCUCUACAUUUUAUUGUUUUUUUUUCUCCGGGUACUAUGUUUUUCCUUUAAAAAUAUAGUUCCACCUUGUUAUUCCUCCAUAAUAUUAGUUUCUAUCUUUAUAAUUUUAUUUAAUCUCAGAAGUUCUGUGUUUCAAAUUCUAAGAUGUACAGUUUUAAAGCGUUAUCAAAAUUCAAAAUUUUUCUACAAACCCGAAAGCUGCUAUGUACGUAGUUGGUUAAAAAUGAAUGUACCCUUUUAAAUUGUAAUAAAAAUAAAGGAAUUCGAGCCCUCAUCGUUAGAAUCACUUUUGAAUUUCCCUUUUAUAGGUAAACAAUUUAUCUUUUGAACUUAAAAGGUUUUUUUUCUUUUCAUGUUUCUCUGUUUCUUUGGUCAGAGGUUGUUAGAGUCUUUUUUGUCAGGUGCUCUUCGUAGUUUUUUGCGUGUUUACCACUUCCAACUGAAUUCUCUUCGUUCUGCGAUUUCGCAACUACUGCAAAUGUCUACUGUAUGUGGCACUCGUGCCAAUUUUUCCGCACAAAAAAUCAACUCUUUCCCAGGGUCUUUCGUCUGCUCGUUUUUUUCUAAUUCGUUCUAUCAGUUUAUUAUCAGAGUGCCGUGGGAAAGUUCAAUUAAGCUCAUGACACUUUUUUUUUUCUCCUGUUCUAUGAAUUUCUAGGUAGAGGCUGGUUUACAACAGCGAAUGUCUGCCGAUUCUGAGUUCUUAUCUCAUUUUCUACUUCUACGUUUUCGGAUUAGAAAAAAGUGAUAACAAACUCGUGGCCACGUUUCCCCUUUCCUUUCCAAACCCGUUUGAGAAUCCGUCAACAGGCCUUUCUUGCAGAUCGCCCUUGCUCUCCUUGUGACUUCGUCGGCGUUUUUCAUCUACAACCCACCAGAACUACUUCCGUCCAAGUUCAAGCCCUCUUUUGACCCCUUCUUUUUGAGCAAUCAAUUUGGAUUCGGAUCUAGUAAGUUUUUUUUUCUGUUGAAAGUGGUUUGGUUUCAAGACAUCGAUCUCUGAGCUUUCUUUUUUUUGCACAUAAUGCGUAAAUUGUUGGGGUACAAUCUGUGUGCGCCGUUGCCAUGACUUUUUUUUAAUCUCUAUUCUCUCUUUUUCUUUCCUUUUUUACGUUUUUGCACUGCUUCCAACCGAAACGUCGGUUUUUCAGAAGACAAAAUGUAUGCGAGAAUUGAGAACGAUAAUUAUCAAAUGAAUGUCGGCGCAAAACCUCAUUUCGGGAUGAGACCAAUGGGUCUGAGGUGAGAAGUUUUUCAAAGUUUUCUUCUUUCAUGUUUCAGUUUUCAGAUGGCGAGACGACGCUCGAGCCGCCUACGAGUUCUCACAAAAUUCGCCACAGGUACCUUCUAACAUACCGAAAUGUCCUGAAAAGUGCAGUUCCAGUUGGCGAUGAUGCCAGUUUUGACGGAACAGAGGACGCAGUCGCAGUUUGGCCGCUCCAUCUCUCCGACCAGACCCACCACGUCGAGCUACGAAUCACGUUCUUCUCACGAAGACACUCCGUCAUUGGAGGUCCGACCUUCAUUUCUUCUCACUCAUCAGACCUCUUUUUUCAGGACUUGGACCUCAUUGAUGUGCUCUGGCGCAGCGACUUGGCCGCCGAGAAAGGCGCUCGGCAGAUCGCCCUCGCCGAACAAUACGAGAGCGACCUGCAGAUGCUCACCGAGAAGAGUACCCACGCUGUCAGUAUCAAAAAUCUUUAUUCGAGUGAUUGUUAAUCACGGUGUGGGCAAUUUGCACAUGAAAUACUGGGGAAGGUGCUCGCGACAGCCGUAGUCGAACCAGGUGCCUCGCUGCUCCUGGUGGAACGCCAUGUAGACGCAGUCGACCUGAAAAUUCUCUUUCAUCGAAAAAAAUCUUGGGUACAAAGCCUCAGGCUCAUUCGGCUGCGUUGAGUCCCAGUUGAGAAAUCGAACUGGAGAACCGUCGCUCCACUUGUAGACUUGAUUAGUGUCGUUGAGCUUGUUGAGACCGAUCCAAAUAUUGUUUUCUACAAACGAUCGAUGCCAACUUUCGAUGUUAGUUUUGAUAACAACUCUUCCGAAGCUGAUGAACAAAGUAGUUUUCCGCCUCGUCCCUGAUGCUCACCAGAUGCCCUCCCAUGGAGCGGCAGAAGUUCUCGGCCGGAAUCCACAUCAGAUCCGCUUCGAAGAGCUUGUACCAAUGAUCUUCAUAGAGUUGCCAGCCCUGAAUCACGUCACACCUUAUCAGCGAAGGAGCAAUGAUUCGCAAGGCGUAUGAUUGAUGUAAACUUUCCUGACCAACCUACAUUUUGAUGCAAGGCAAGCACUGUCAGCAAACGGAGGUUGGUGUCCAGAUUGGUGGCACGAUUUCCAGCGAUAGACUUGUAGGAAGAUUUGAGUGGCGAGGGAAUAACAACUGAAUCUGUAAGUUGUAGAAUAACAAGUGAGCCGAUGGCGACUGACAGUUUCAUUUUUAAUGAGAGUUUAUUGUUUAUAGGAGUGGGAAAAGAGGUCGAAUUUCAUUUUCACAAUCAAGCAGUUUCCUUCAAAAUUUGAAUCAAUUGCUUCACGGAUCGAAAUUGUCAUUUUUUAGACAUUGACUGCUGAAGAACGGGCACGUUAUGAAGACCUGUCGAAAGUGUUUUUCGAAGACUUUUACUCGCCGCAGUCGUACCGCGACGCUGAGAAGUCGAUGUCUCUUUGCGGCUCCGCCAUCGACAUGAUGCGCGAAACCAAUACGCCGACCGAUGUAAGGCGGGAAGCAAAAGUUUGGAAACGCAAGAGAUGAUUCAGGAGGAGCUUGCCGAACUUUUCGAGGAUGUUUCGAAGGAAGGUGGACAGCUGGACCAACUCGAUUCGAUGCUCGAGCCGCAGCAGCAGCCGCUCGUUCAGAACGUCUCCCUCGCUCAGGGCAUCGUCUACACCCAAAACAACUGUGAGCGCGUCUCCGCGCCUCGUGUGUUCAUCUUCUUUGUUUCUCAGUGACUGAGUUGGACUCGAUGCGCGAAUCGGCCUUCGCUCAGCAGUGCUCCAGCGGCUCUGCGCAGAUGGCGAUUCCGGCCAACGCUACUCUUUUCAACAACACCGACCCAAACAUCCAGCCGUGGCUCGGUCACUCAGAAAUGACUCCCGGGGAUGGUUAGUUCAAGAGAUCUGACAUUGAUAAUAAUGAAAGCGUAGAAGGUUGACUUGGAAACGUUUUCAAAUUUUUUUGUGAUUGAGUAAGCUUGAAAGUGUUGACAACACAUUACAAAUUUUUUUUUAUAUUUCUGCUAAUUUUAAUUUUCUCAAAAAAAAAAAUUUUCGACACCCUUUUCUAAAAAGGAAGCAGCAGUUUAAAACAUUUUUUCAUAGCGCUUUUCUUAGCUUUUUUCAUUUUUUACCUUUUGCCUUCUUUGCUCUAAAAAGGCGCUGUAAAAAUUUUCCAAAACCACUUUUUUGUCAUGUUUCACGCCUAUUUUGCAUCCACUACCUUUUCGUGUUUUUCCGGACUUUAAUUGUCAUUCGUAGUGUUAACCGUACAACAUUAGCAGUAAUAUCAAAUCAGGCCUCACUAAUGAUGAUUUAAAAUGAUUCUUUGCAACAGGACCUGAUAAGGAAACAGUUAGAACGAGAUAAGGGUUUCUGUUAGUACGAAGCCAGAAGCAUGUUUUCCUCAGAGGAAUAUCUUCCUUCUUCAGUGUUCCCCUACAUGACUCUGCAAAACGACACGGUCGAGCAGGUCGUCUCCAACGGCAACGUCGACUACGACCACUGCUAUCAGUCCCGCCAGGUAUCAGCAAGAAAGCAACAUCUUCUUUGAAAUUUUCAAGAAAGAAAAUUUUCACAUGAAAACAGAGUUUCCAUUGUGUUUUAAGAUUAGAAAAAAAAACAAGAAGGAAUGGUUGACCCGCCGCACUCCCUCGUUGACCUACUCAUUUGUCGUCAUUUUUUGCUGGAUUACUUUUUUCUCAAAGUUGCAGUUUAUUUUUCGUCUUUUCACAGUGCCUUCUUGAAUUUAACCAUUAUUUCUUUAUAAAUCAACUGAACUUUCAGCGUCAAUCCAUCAGUCCAGCUUACGAUCCUUACUACUCGAACCGCAUCUCUUUCAGCAAUACGACGUGAUAAAAAUUCUUUUGAAAGUCCAAAUGUAUUUCUCUUUUCAGUGAUUCGUCAAUGUCGUCGCAAUCCUCGGAUUAUCACAGCGAGACUGACAGCAGGUCUUCGCCAUCCUCGCGGUCAGUCUGGGACUAGUGAUAACCUUUCAAAAAAAAAUCUGCUAGUCUAACUCUUUCAGUUUUCCCUUUUGAGUUUUAGUGUAGUUAGUUUCUUUUUUUAAAGAGAGUUUGUUUUCAAAUUCACAAGUAGGGCUCCAAAAUCAGUGUGCCAAAAUGUUUAGUUUCUUAACCGACUUUUUUUUUGCUUUUAUUAACUGUGAAAUACACAAUCAACCUAUUAAUUGAUAAAAAAUAUCAACGGUAAAUAUUUAAGAAUGGUUUCAGAUUCUUCGGCAAACUGGUGCCUGACGACCGGAAAAGUCUUGAGUCUGACGAGUUUUCGGAUGCAGUGGUGCCUCACGACGAGCUGAAGGCGGUGCCGCUGAACGGACAGCGCAAGCGAGGCCGACAGUCCAAGGACGAGCAGCUGGCAUCCGACAACAAAUUGCCGCUCAGUGCCAAGCAGAUCGCCGAGAUGAAUCUCUCCGAGCUGCAGAAGGUGCUCAAGAACGACAGACUCACCGAGUACCAACGCCAACUCAUCCGCAAGAUUCGUCGCCGCGGUAAGUUUCAAAAGAAAACAGUCAUUGGCUCUCGAAGACUAGCUAUUUAUAACUUUAUUCCAAAUCACAGGAAUUUUACGAGUGAUUUUUAAAUUUUAAAUUUGCCCUUCCAAACGUUAGCCACCUUUUCAUAUACAUAAUUUUGCUACUUUUCUUGUUUUUCUUAAAGAAUAUAUUUUCAGGAAAGAACAAGGUCGCCGCACGCACCUGCCGUCAGCGCCGUAAUGAUCGUGGCGACAAGAAGGAUGGAUUCGAAAUGUGA